UGCAAGCAACACAGAUGGCUCUUCAGACACACCCACACGUACCCACACCCUUGCAAAUGCCUCGGUAAUGCCUUACUCUCAUGCACGUAAACCUCCAAAUACACUGACGGGGUCUACGCUCGGAAAUGCUCGGACGCACCCAAGUCUCACCAACGCUAGUAAUUUUUUCCAAAGGGCUAGACAGCGAAGGAAGAGCGCUGCGCUGCGGGCCUGCCCACGUGACCGGGAGGAAGGCGCUCCCGCCAGUGACGGGAUGGAAAAAGUAUGCUUCGGGCGGGCUCCGAGCGCGCCGCAGUCGCCGCAGGAGGCCGGGACGCGAAGCAAGGCAGACAGCUUGGUCGCUCUGGACGCUCCUGGACGUGGCCGGCAGCCGCGAGGGUGAGACUUCCUCCUGUCCCCCAGCAGAGGUGCAGUGCGAAGCUGGCCGGGCCGUCUAUUCCCUUUCUCUACUCACCUCUUUCCAGGUUGAAGGAGGAGAGAAAGGAGAGGUGACCAACAUGAUCCCCUGGGUGCUCUUGGCCUGUGCGCUCCCUUGCGCUGCCGACCCGCUGCUUGGCGCCUUUGCCCACAGGGACUUCCAGAAGGGCUCCUCUCAACUUGUCUGCAGCCUUCCUGGCCCCCAGGGCCCACCUGGCCCCCCAGGAACCCCAGGGCUCUCAGGAAUGGUGGGAAGAAUGGGCUUUCCCGGCAAAGAUGGCCAGGAUGGCCAGGACGGGGACCGGGGAGACCGCGGAGAGGAAGGUCCACCUGGCCGGACAGGUAACCGGGGAAAGCCAGGACCGAAGGGCAAAGCCGGGGCCAUUGGGCAGGCUGGCCCUCGCGGCCCCAAGGGGGUGAGCGGUACCCCAGGGAAGCACGGCACACCAGGCAAGAAGGGGCCCAAGGGCAAGAAGGGGGAGCCGGGUCUCCCGGGCCCCUGCAGCUGCAGCAGUGGCCACGCCAAGUCGGCCUUCUCAGUGGCAGUGACCAAGAGCUACCCGCGGGAGCGGCUGCCCAUCAAGUUUGACAAGAUCCUGAUGAACGAGGGUAGCCACUACAAUGCAUCCAGCGGCAAGUUCGUCUGCAGUGUGCCAGGGAUCUACUACUUCACCUACGACAUCACUCUGGCCAACAAGCACCUGGCUAUUGGCCUGGUGCACAAUGGCCAGUACCGCAUCCGGACCUUCGACGCCAACACAGGCAACCACGACGUGGCCUCGGGCUCCACCAUCCUGGCUCUCAAGCAGGGUGAUGAGGUCUGGCUGCAGAUCUUCUACUCAGAGCAGAAUGGGCUCUUCUACGACCCUUACUGGACCGACAGCCUCUUCACAGGUUUCCUCAUCUAUGCCGACCAGGACGACCCCAAUGAGGUAUAGACAGGCCGGUGCUGGGUCUCCAGGGAGGGAACAAGCUCCUGGACUUGGGUUUACAGACCAAGACCCCUAAACUGUCUGCCGGGGCUGGGGGACUGGAGCUUCUGGACUCAGGCCACAUCCUCUGCCCCUUUUCCCCUCCAUCAUUAAAUCCAAGCUUUUUUAUUCAUCCUUCCAUCUAUCCACUCACUAAUUUUUUUUUAGUACUUAUUGCGUGACAGACACUGUGCUACACUCUGACAGGUAUCACAGUGAACAAGGCAGACAGAGGUUCUGUCCUCAUGGAGCUUACAUCUAGUGGGAGAUACAAUUUACAAAUAAACAAACAAAUAAUGUAA